UAGCUAAUUUUUAGCAAUGUUGAAAGUUGUCGGUGGGCAGUCUUGGACGAAGCUCUUCCGCUGUGUAGAGCUGGGCAACUCUCGACCCAAGUAUCCCGGCUCGUCGGAUGGUUUCAUCCAUGCCUUCCUAUCCUAUUGGAACUAUCACCACCCCGGAGUAGCUGUGGUGUUGCUCGCUCUCGAGGAUAUGCAAAAAUGUUUUGACAAGAUAUUCUUUGUAGCCUCUUUUGAAGAACUGAUGGUUUCCACCCUAAAUCUCAGCGAGCUUCUUUGCUUCGGCGUUGAGAAAUUUGUUACAUGUGUCCUGUACAAUGGAUACCCUAUUAUUGACUUAGCACUGCAAAGAUUGCUGCUUAACAGGGUGCAACUAUUAAUAAUUCCAGAGGCGUGGGGUGUCCCCGGCUCCUGAUAAGACUCCACUUCCCCGGUUUAGAUCUAAUUGCUCAUCAGUAUCUGCUUUUGUACCUGUGACUGUCUGUUUUUUCUUCUUUUUUCUUUUUUUUAGAGAGAGAUGGAGGGUCAGCGAAAGAUUGUAUGUACUACGUUACUAGUUAUAUUUAGAAACGUUUGCCAUAGCACAAAACAACACAGAGCAGGCUCUGCGAUUCAACUUUGAAGGAGUAUGAAAUCUUUAGCCAUUCCUUGCUUAGUGUGAAGAUAUGAAGGACUUAAAUUGUUCUACUUCCUAAUUAAUAGAAUGUUGUCUGUCAGUUUUUUGCCUUUUUUCCUCCGCUUUCUUGAUGUUCUAAUUCGU